AUGCUUUCCUUAAUAGCCAAGCUUAAAAAGCAAAAGGAAGCCGAGGAACAGAAGCUAAAGGAAAAUAAAGAAACAGCCAAGAUAUAUGCACAAUAUGUAAAGUCAUUUGAUGGAAAAGGAGAAGAACAGCCCUUAAAAUUUGUUAAAUCGGACGUAUAUGAUCCAUCAACAGGAACUACCACAUCCGUUGCCAGUACAGGAGUUGAUCAAGUAUUUACACUGGGAGAACAAGACGAGGAGGAAAAUGACGAGUUGUCAGCAGAGUAUUUAUCGCAAAUCCAGGGUUCUGCCCCUGUUACGAAUAAAACCACGUCCAAAAUAAGAGAAAUUGACACUUUUAUCGAAGAGAUAAAGGAGAAACAAAGGGCAAUAACUGAGCGCAAGGAGCUCCAAAAGCGAUUUCUCACAGCAACGACACAAUACGAGAGAUAUGAAAUAACUGAAAGAUUAAAUCGCAUAGAAAAUGAUUUAAACGCCAGUUUACCUGACGUAAACACCACUAAUAUUUACAUUGGCAAUUUGUCGCCAAACGUUAACGAAGACAUACUUAGGAGUCAUUUCUCCAAAUUUGGCACCAUAAUAGGCAUAAGAUUGAUUCCAUCGAGAACUGAUUCCACAGUGGAUAACAGACAGACAGGAUUUAUAUCAUUUAUGACCCAUGAACAAGCUGAGAAUGCUAAAGUUGGGAUGGAGGGGGUUGAGAUUUUGGGAUUUCCAUGUAAAAUAGGCUGGGCCAAGAAUUUAAUUAAGCCCAUUGCACCGACAGUUCCAAUGUUUACUCCAAUGGCUACUCCACUGCCAAUUCCACAGCCUGUCCAACCCGUUAUCAAGGAUCAGUUGGAAGUAUAUGUACCAACUCCACAGUAUAAACAAAGAAUUAUUGAUUUGACCUCAAAAUAUGUCUCACAAGUUGCUUUUUACUCAUUAAUUAUUUAUCCAGUUUGCGGAAAGGAGUUUGAAGAAGUAAUUAUGAAGAAUGAGCCCCGCAAUGGUAAUAACGUUUCAAAUCUAAUUGUCAUAGGAUUGUUUUCGUUCUUAUUUGAUAGAUUUACACCAGACAGCGUUUAUUACAGAUGGAGAGUGUACUCACUGAUGCAAGGAGACACAAUGAAGCAGUGGAAUAAAAAUAUGUUUAAAAUUAGUAAUUCUGGAAAAUCUUAUAUACCACCCAAACAGUCCACUACUAACAACACUGACUCAGCCAAUAGUUUACACAGUGGUAGUGUGAUACAGAAUGGUAAUGUAAUUUUGAGUGAAGAGAAGAAGAAGGAAUUUGAUGAAAUAUUAAGCGGAGUAACUUCGGUUAGAAAUGACAUUUGUAACGCAAUGUUAUUUGUAAUAAAUAACAGUGAAUCGGCCUAUCAUCUGACUGAUUUAUUGUUUAAUCAUUUUAAUGAUCCCAAUACAACUGUUCAACAAAAAAUAUCAAUAUUGUACGUAAUCUCGGAUGUAUUAUAUAACUCAUCGUCCUCGAGACAAUUUGCUUGGGUAUAUCGGAAUUCAAUAGAGAAACACCUUCCUCAACUUUUUCACUCAAUUAAACUAUACAAAGAUAAGAGUACUAGUAAAAUAUCAUCACAACAGUUAAUUGACGCUGUGAUGAAAUUACUGAGUGUUUGGGACUCCUGGACCGUUUACCCUCAACAAUUUCUCAACGGACUUGAAGCUACUCUUUUUGGAGAUGAUUUUGAUUCUUUUAAGACCCUUCCAGAGUUUGAAGAGUAUAAGGAGCUAGUCAGUGUAAAUGACGGAGUUCACAUUGAUUACUUUGAUCUCCUCUCAACAAUACCUCUUAAAUAUAGGGAAACAGCUUAUAAAUACUUGUUAAUGCGCUUGAAAGAGUUAAAAACAAUGUGUUUACAGCGAGGAUUGCUAGUUUACCCCAGUGACAGAAACUCUCUUGUCACUCGACUAGUCAUUUAUGAUAAAUAUUUAGACCAUAAACAAGAAAUGGAAGAGAAGAGGAGGGAGAUUAUGAUGGAGGAGAAUAUGAGUGAGGAGGGGUCUGACAUGGAGCAGGACGAUGACACUUAUGAGUUUGAGCAGACUAGGAUUCAAGAGGCAACGGCCCAACUUCAGCAGACUCUAAUGAAGAGAGCACAUUCUCCAGAGGUUAUCAGUGUCCCUCUUGUAGAACACCAAAGUGAAUCAAUUGAGGAAACGAAAGAGGAACCUGAUGUUAAAACCGAGACUGUGCAACAAUUUAAUGUUUGUUCUGAUGGAUACUGUGAUUUUAAGUAA